AUGUGUAUCGCAUUGAUCUCAACAGCCCACCCGUCAUACUCUUUGAUCGUAAUUGACAACAGAGAUGAAUUCCUCCACCGGCCAACAUCCACACCAAAUUGGUGGCCUGAGCCAUCCCCGCACGUCCUCGGCUCACGCGACCUAGCUCGAUCAACACACGGUACCUGGAUGGGCGUCACCAAGCACGGAAAAAUAGCAGUUCUCACCAACUAUCGUGAAGACAAAGCUAGCGAAGCCAUCGGGCUCUUCAGCCGAGGUGUCAUCGUCAACAGCUGGCUCACCAGCCCCCCAAACAGAAAAGAAGCCACUCGAGAAUUCGUACAAGCCAUCGUGGCCAGCCCAGAAGCCAAGCAAGUGGGAGGAUUCAGCCUGGUGUGUGGCCAUAUCAAUGAACCCUUGGCCAUAGUCUCCAACCGAUCCUCCGACAUGGACCACAUCACCUGGGUAGCCACGGAGAAGAACCAGACCCGCGGACUGAGCAACACCAGCGUUGAUGACAGAAGCUGGCCGAAGAUCAUUGACGGGGAGAAGCUAAUGGAAGCUGCUAUUGCCGAGCAUGUGCGACAAGAAGAAGAUGAAGAUGUCUUGAUUGAUCGUCUGCUGCAGGUUCUCAGCACCGAUACCCUGCCCCGACUGUCAGAAGAGAAUGCAACCAUUGAUACAUAUACACAUCACCUGCGCAAGAGUAUCUUCAUUCCCGUCAUCGGCACUGCAAACGACCGCCACCAAGCUGCAGAGAAGGCUGCAGCCGCUCGGGUAGAAGAUGAAGCAACUCCCACAAACGGCCCAGUGGAUCAAAGUUAUACAUCUGGAUCUUAUGGAACCCAGAAGCAGACAGUCCUCCUGGCACAGCCGGACGGGCGAGUUCGGUAUUUUGAGAGGACACUUUACGACAACGAUGCUCAGGCCGUGCCUGUUGGGCAGGGUGACCACUCGUUUGAAUUCAACACUACACACACUAUAGCUCCAGUUCAGCUCUAG